CAUAGAACUUGCAUCAAACUUCAAAUUGUACUAUAAAAGGACUGAAGUUCGACACUUCUGAUACACACACACACACAACUUCUAUUACUCUCUUCCUUCCAAUAGGGCCAAUCAUGAUACUUUGUACUCUCUUCUUCAUUAUUUUCUGCCUUUGUAAGUUGGUUUUCCUGAAAAGAGAAUCCUGUUGCUACAUGCUGGCUUACGAGUGCUAUAAACCUCCAGAGGAUUGGAAGCUUGACACAGAAACUAGUGCAAAAAUCGUCUUCAGAAAUAAGAACCUGGAGAUAGAAGAAUACAAGUUUCUAUUACAAACUAUUGUUAGUUCUGGCAUUGGUGAAGGAACGUAUGUCCCUAGAAACAUUAUCUCAGGCCAGGAAGAUUCCUCAACUCUCAAAGUUUCCAUUACGGAAAUGGAUGAUCUCAUCUUUGACACACUCGACAAGCUCUUUGCGAAAACAGGAAUUUCUCCAUCAGAAAUUGACAUACUUGUUGUCAAUGUUUCUUUGUUCUCUCCUGCACCUUCUCUAGCAGCUCGAGUAGUUAAUCGUUACAAGAUGAGAUCAAACGUUAAAACUUUCAACCUCUCUGGAAUGGGAUGCAGUGCAAGCGUUGUAUCCAUUGAUCUUGUGCAGCACUUGUUCAAGUCACACAAGAAUGCAUUCGCUGUCGUUGUGAGUACAGAAUCGAUAGGUCCAAAUUGGUACCAAGGCAAAGAAAAAUCCAUGAUGCUCUCAAACUGUCUGUUCCGUUCAGGAGGUUGCUCGAUGCUCUUCACAAACAACAGCGCUUUAAAUCGUCAAGCCAUCUUCAGAUUGAAACAUCUUGUACGUACGCAUCUUGGCUCAAAAGAUGAGUCCUACGGAUGCUGCACACAAACAGUAGAUGACCUUGGCUAUAAAGGUUUUCUCCUUACUAAAAGCCUUAAAAAAUCUGCUGCUCAGGCUCUUGCUUUGAAUCUCCGUGUCUUAGCACCUAAAAUGUUACCAGUAAGUGAACUAAUUCGCUAUGUUUAUGUAUCUCUUCGAGAAAAGAAAACCAAAAGCACCAGUAUUCAAGAAAUGGGAGCAGGUUUGAAUCUGAAGACUGGAGUAGACCAUCUCUGUAUACACCCGGGUGGAAGGGCAAUUAUUGAUGAGGUUGGGAAAAGUUUAGGCCUUAGUACUUAUGAUCUUGAGCCAACUAGAAUGGCACUUCAUCGAUUUGGCAAUACAUCAGCUGGUGGCCUUUGGUAUGUUUUAGCCUACAUGGAGGCCAAGCAGAGGCUUAAGAAAGGAAAUAAAAUACUAAUGAUCAGUCUCGGUGCAGGUUUCAAGUGCAACAACUGUGUGUGGGAGGUAAUGAGGGACCUGGAGGAUGUCAAUGUUUGGAAAGACAGCAUAGACCAAUAUCCUCCAGAAACCACAGUCAAUCCAUUCAUCGAAAAGUAUAGUUGGAUCAAUGAAGAAUAUCUCAGCUUUGUUAGAUUUCACUAGAUGCUAGUCCUGCCCAGAUCUUUCCUUCUUUUGAACCAUCCUGGCAUGAUUUCUAUGUUUCUUUUCUUUAUGAUUUUGAGCAGCAGUCAGUAUCAGAAUAUCCUUUGUUUCUUUUUGUCGCAGUUUGUGUGAAAGAUUGAUGUAUCUUAGUAUCUCAAUGCCCACAUUCGGUGCGGCAUCAAAUUUCUACUUAUUUCUGCAUGGACUAGGUGUUUUUUAUUGCAAAUUCUCUCUGAAUUUCUAUUAUGCCAUCUUUUCUUA